AUUACCACUUUCACAUCCCUCCGUCUCUCUCUCUUCUCCUUCUUCCUCUCUCAUAUCAACACCUUUGAGCACACCAGUUUUUCAUGAGAAGUCUAAGAUGAAGUUCAUGAAAAUAGGGACAAAGCCUGACACUUUCUACACUCAAGAUGCUUCAAGGAUUUUGAUAACAGACACACCCAACGAUCUCGUUGUUAGAAUCAACAACACCACUUAUCAUCUCCACAGAUCUUCUCUUGUUCCAAAAUGUGGGCUGUUGCCAAGGCUUUUCACUGAUUCAGAGGAGUCAGAUAGUGUUACAAUAGAGCUGAAUGACAUACCUGGGGGUUCAGAUGCUUUUGAGCUGUGCGCUAAGUUCUGCUACGGCAUCACCAUCAACCUCAGUGCUCAUAACCUUGUGAAUGUGCUCUGUGCUUCCACGUUUCUCCGGAUGUCUGAUUCUUCAGGUUUCUCAGUUAAAGAAAACGAAGCAGCGCUGGAAAGGCAUCGGCGUGUUGUUAACACAGUUGUGAAUAUGAUUCCUGCAGAUAAAGGGUCGGUUUCAGAGGGGUUUUUGCUGAGACUUGUUAGCAUAGCGAGUUAUGUGGGAGCAUCUCUCACAACAAAGACUGAGUUGAUUAGAAAAGCUGGUCUGCAACUCGACGAGGCAACUCUUGAUGACCUCUUGUUGCGUUCACACUCAUCCUCUCAUCACCGUCGCUAUGAUACCGACUUGGUUGCUACAGUUCUUGAGAGUUUUUUAAUGCUCUGGAGAAGACAAUCUUCUGCGCAUCUAUCUAGUAACAACAGUCAAUUGGUGCAUUCAAUCAGGAAGGUGGCAAAGCUUAUUGAUUCAUAUCUUCAGGCAGUGGCACAAGAUGUCCAUAUGUCAGUUUCCAAAUUCGUGUCUCUUGCUGAGACAGUGCCCGACAUUGCACGUGAAAGCCAUGACAGACUUUACAAAGCGAUCAACAUAUAUCUCAAGGUGCAUCCCGAGAUAAGCAAAGAAGAGAAGAAACAACUAUGCCGAAGUCUUGACUGCCAGAAACUGUCUGCAGAGGUACGUGCACACGCUGUGAAAAAUGAGAGGAUGCCCUUAAGGACGGUUGUCCAAGCCCUCUUCUUCGACCAAGAGAGCAGUUCUAAAGGAGCAUCAAGUCGAUUAGAGAGCCAAGAACUCUUUUCAAGAGGUAAAGAGACGUCCACGGAUAUGCACAAGCUUCACCUAGGUCAAGCGGAAACAGCUUCUAUAGGGAAAGCUAAGAAUAUACUUGAGGGAGCCAAAAGAGGAGAAGAGAAAAUUAGAUCCAGUACAGACCCCAAGAAGAUAGUGCGGAAAGAAACAAGAUCAGAGCAUAAGCAUCAUAUAAGUAGAGACAGGUAGUGGACUAAACGUCUUAGGCCACUGAAACUCAGUGUCUUCUUUGCAUUCACCAGACAUCUGAUGAUGAUUGUAGAAUCCAGUGGCAUAAUCUUGUAUUAAUACAGUGCAGAGCUCAAGCUCCUGCUCAACUAUUAUCGUGUAGCUUAUAUCUUAAGAAACCAAUUAUUAUGCAACAUGGAAUUAUACGUAGUACAGUUUGUUCCUA